AAAAGAAUCUGGUUUGAAUUUUUUUUCUUUUUGUACAGACAGAAUACGAAGAGGGAAGGCUGCAGUUCUUCACGGAGGAACCCGGAACGGAUGGAGGCGGCAGACGAAAGGCCCUGUGGCGGAGCGGCUGUCCAGCUGUAUCAGCGGCGCUCCGGCCGCAAGAGGACGUUCAGAGAGGAGCGGGAGGAGAGGAGGAGGAGGAUGAGGAGGGGAGGAGGCCUGAAGGAGAAUGAAGACCCAUCAGAUCACCUGAGGAGGACCCCAUGGCUGCAGAACACCGACUCAGGACGGAUUUUCAACUCCAGAACCAGGACCGAAGGUGCAAUCGGGUCUGAGGCUAAAACUGGACUCAGGCCUGGAAUUCUGAUUCAGACCUGCAGACCGGAGGUGAGGGAGGCUCUGAUCAGAAGGACAAGGACCCAUCACUCAAGGCAGGUCCAAGGCUCUGAGAAACAUCCAGCCCUGAUCCCUAAACACAAAAGUGACCAAGGACUUACACAUCUGGACCAGAACCAGCAAACCCGAAACACCUCUGAUGACGGGUCGGGUCUUCAGAGACCUGCAGUUCCAAUCUCAGGUCAGUCUUCACAGACCAGAACCACCCGGAUCGAGCCGGACCUAGAUCUCGACAGAAGACGAGACGGCCAGCAGAGAAUCCGCCGUGUGAGCGGGAGAGACGAGAGGGAAACCAAGAGGAGGAGGAGGAAGAUCCACCCUUCAGCCUUCAGAGGGAGAGGUCAGUUGAAGCUGUCAGUUACUCCAGAGGCCGGACAGCUCGCCAUCCACGUCCACGAAGCCAGAGGGCUGAUGGAAAAGUCCCACAGGUCAUGUGACUCAUACGUAAAGGUCAGCGUGACCUCUGACCGUCACAACAGCGUCUGGAUGAAGACUCGAACGGUGCCAAAUGAAAAGAACCCAAAAUAUGACCAGAGCGUCUCACUGUGUGUCAGGGGAAAACUCCAGAGCAGGUUGUUGGUGUCUGUGUGCAGGCGGCUGCAUGACUGCAGGGGCAGUCAGCUGAUUGGCUGCAUGAGCUUCAGCAUCGGUUCUCUCGUCUCGCGCUCACAGCUCACUGACUGGUUCUACCUGCUGAAUGAAGACUUUGGGAGGAGCAAACAUCUCAGAGUGACGUCAUGGAGGCGCAGACCAGCGAUGAGCCUCAACGGGGAGACGGCAGUGAGAGCGGACCUCGGUGGAACUCCAGGCUCGGCUCCAGAGGCAGACAAGAACCAAGUCUCCAACUUCCCCAACGUCCCCAACGCCUCAGCUGGAGCCAAAGAACCCGGCCGUGGUGUCGCGACCUCCAGUCGGCCCCUGGGCCUCGACUCUGCCAAGGCCGACUGCAUCAACUACAAGACCACCCUGUCUGCCAGCAACGGUUCUCAGCACCUGCGGGUCAGCAUCCUCCGUGGAGAAGAUGGUUUUGGAUUCACCAUCUGCUCGGAUUCCCCGGUCAAAGUUCAGGCUGUGGACCCUGGAGGCCCGGCUCAUCUGUCCGGACUCCGUCAGGGAGACUCUGUCAUGCAGCUCAAUGGACUUCCUGUAGAAACCUGGAAAUGCGUGGACCUUGCUCAUGCCAUCAGGAGCUGUCCUUCACAGAUCACGUUGGUGGUGUGGAGAGGCUUACCUGAGGCUGGGUCAGGAUGUGAUGCUCUGCUGCGCUCACAACCCCACAGUACGAUGACAGGCAGCAAGCUGCUGUCGCACCCGUCCCACAGCAAACACGGACGCAGGUGGGGCCAGGGACUGGGGGUCCGCUCCAGCUUGGGGGCUCUGGGCUCCCUGUGGCGGGACAAGGUAGAGGAGCAGAAGGAGCGAGAUGAAGACCAGGAGGUGUACUCACCCCCCACUGCCACGCUGAAAGGCACCCGUGUGACAUCAUCAAAUGGAGACAACUACAUCAUUCUGUCCCCUGUGAAUGCAGGAGCCCAGCUCCUGCAGCCUGUUUACCAGGACAGGAACGGGACCAUUGGUCGUCUGUACCAGACGCACCCGAGCAGAGGUCAGAACCUCCUUCACAAUUCUCGGAGCAAGUCCUCUGUGCCAUCGUUUUCCAGUCAUCCCGCCACUCUGCCACCCCCACCUGCCAAAACCUCAUCAUCUACCUCACCUGGUAACUGUGGCAACUACCAGAACUGUACCAUCGUCCAGUCUCAUCUGCCCCACUCUGGAUACGGAACCUACGUCAGUCUGGCACCAAAAACUCUCAUCUUCCCAGUCUUUGUCCAGCCUCUGGACCUGUGCAGCCCGGACCGGACUUUGCUCAUGUCAGAGGAAAUGGUUUUACAUCAAGCCAACGCACUUCCUGCUAAGGUGACAGUGCUGAUCUACAGUGACCUGCUGCUGUUGACCAGAGAAGAUGAAGCUGGACGCUGUAAUGUCCUCCAGAGUCCCCUGUACCUGAACACGGUGAAGCUCAGAGAAGUGUCAUCAGAACCGCUCCACAUCUACUUCCUGCAGAACUCGCAGAGCUGCUGGCGCUGUCUGUUCAGUUUGGAGGCGUUCAGCAUGGAACAGAAAGUUCGAGUCCGGCUUUGUCUCCAUGACAACAUCCAGCUCCAGCUGGUCAACACGGAGACCGGUCACAGUCACCAGCUCUCGGACCGGCCCACAGACUUCGGCGUCCUUCCUCUUGGUCCCUCUGACCUCCUCUACCGGCCCUCUUCUCCUUACUCCUCUCUCUGUGACCCCCUGAGACCUCCCUCCCCAUGCCUUUUCCCCCCUAUGUCUAGCCUCACCUCCUCUACACCUCCACCUCCUAAUUUCUGCUCUGUGUCAGCGUACAUCUCCUCCUCCUCACCUCCCUACAGAGGUGUCACCUCCCCACCCCGUUUAUGCUCCCCACCUCCCUCUUGCUCCUCCACUCUGAGGAGUCCCGUGUGGAAGGAGAGAAGUGAAGACGAUGAGAGGCGGAGGAGGAGGCUGGAGGAGCGGCAGCAGGGCGAAGGAGAGAGUGCCUCGGAAACCUCUGAGAGCGUGGGGGGCCUCCUGCUCAGCCCCCUCCACCUUGACAUGAAACACCACGAUGAGGAGAGCGAGGACAGUGAGGAGGAGGACAGAGGAGGCGCCGGGGAGUUGGCCUUCACCUGUAGACCAGAAGUUCUCCGCCGCUCACUCUCUGAAGGGUCCCUGCUGCAGGAACCUCGAUCGCCCCGCUUCCUGUCUGACAGCACCAUCCACCGCCUCACCCGCCCAGCGCCCUUUGAAGCUAACGCCCCUUCAGGCUUUUCGCCACGCCUCCCCUCUCCAGAAACCCUGAGGAAGCAUCUGACCAGCGAGGAGUCGUCUCUGAUUCACAUCCUGGCCUUGCUCGAUGGCCUGAAGGGCGAAGCGUCUGGAGCUGGUCAGCUGAGGAGGAACAGGACUAAGAGUUUGGCUGCCGACGUCCUGAGCCGCUUUGCUUUUCUGCGGAGAUGGAAGAACGGUACAGGUAUCCAUGGAAACAGCUUGGAGAAGGCUUUAAGAAACAACAGACCAUCUUCAGCGGAGGUGAGGAGGUGGGCGGAGAGCCUGGAGGCUCUGCUGACCAAUCAGUAUGGCCUGGCGGUAUUUCGUCACUUCCUGAGGUCAGAGUUCAGCGAGGAGAACUUGGACUUCUGGCUGGCCGUAGAGAGAUUCAAGAAUACACGCCCCUUCAGUAAAAUGGCUGCCAGGGCUGUAAAAAUCCAGGAGGAGUUUAUUUCUGCGAAUGCGGCGCGACAGGUCAAUGUGGACGCGUCCGUCCGGGAAAUGACCAACCAGAGCCUGCGACUGGGUGUCACCCCCACCUCCUUCCAGUUGGCCCAGGACCAGAUCUUUAGUCUGAUGGAGACGGACAGCUACCCGCGCUUCCUCAAGUCCCGGCUCUACGCCCAGCUGGCCGAUCACAACACAAAGAUGGCUGCAAAGCCGGAGAGUCAUAGCAGAUCUGUCAGCCAGGCGUGAUCAGAGUCUGACCGAUCAGAUGAUUAGGUGUCUCCUAAGACCACUAACACCAUGGGUCCAGUUUUUAGCCCAAAAACAGAGGUUUUUGCUCAGAUCCUCCAUGUCUUUCUAACAUUUUUACUCAUGUGUUACACACUACAUUAGUUCCCUUUGAAUAAUUAACUAAAUUCCAGGCACUAAUUCAAGUGUUUAAUGUGUAUUUGAGCUGUUUUCUUUUCAAGUGUGUCUGAUUUGGUGACAUUUAAUCUGGUAAAGGUUCAGGUUCUGGUCUCUUCAACAUGUUAUGGAUCUGAUGAAGCCGUCUCUGGUUGCUGUUAGUAAAUCUGUUGGACGUCCACUCACAGAUUGUGGACAUGUGUUGUAAGUGAGUUCAUCACACAGGUUUCCCAUCAUGCUCGGCUGCACGGACCAUUGGGACGGCACGGUUCGCUGAAUGCAGUGAACGAGCAUGAGGCUCUAUCGCUGGAAUCCAUCAGGAAUCAUGAGCAGACCGGAAAAUGAGACGUCAAAACCACUUUGGAUAUUUUUGCUAACAGUUUAACUGAAGCUAACGUCGUCAUGCUAGACUGUGUUUAUGGAUGUUAGCGUAACAGAAGAAGCUUUGAUCACCUGUACCUCCCUCUCUCACCUGCAGGUGAGAUGGUUUCAAAAUAAAAGGAAAUCUCGUCUGUGGUG